AUGGCUACCACAACUGCUGCUGCGUUGGCCACGACGCUCGUCCCCUUCGCCGACUUCCCCUCGUGUGCGACGUCAUGCGGGCCUCUCUGGGAUGCCAACGGUGCUUGUGUGCCGCCAAACGUCGCGACAGCCGACGGAAGCGUCUAUGACAGCUGCUUCUGUGCAUACAGCAAACUGCAGCCCUUCAGCACCGCUACGGCCGGCGUGUGCGACUAUCUGUGUGCUGACGGCCUGAGCGCCGUUCAGGGCUGGUUCACCAGCUUCUGCCAGAACAAGGCGGCCGCGACGACUACGGGUGGCUCGGCAUCGUCGACUAGCGCCAGCGGGAGCAAGAGUUCUUCCAGUGGGGGCGGCGAUUGGCUAUCGAAUCACUGGAAAUGGGUCAUCAUGAUCGUCGUCGUUGUGGUGGGCAUUGCUGGCAUCUGGAUCGGUGCUUGCAUCUGGCGCCGCAAGUACCUCAAGAAGAAGGAUCGCAUGUACGAGCUCGGAAAGGGCCUACCCAGCACCGUGGCGGUCAAUGCCCAGGGGCAGUUGGUCGGACCGGGCGCACCCAAAGCCAACGGUGAUCCGGGCGUCUUCAUGGCGGGAUCGGCUGCAGGGGCGGGAUACGCCGAGAAGCCCAAGAAGGAGAGGAAGAAGUGGAACGUUACCCAGCGGACGUAA